GGCGGCGGCCGCGACUCGCGGCCCAUGGACGCCCCGCUGCCGCAGGAGUCGCCGCGCCGCGACACCGACGCUCCGCCGAACCCGCCGCCGCCGUCCCCGCUGCCGCCGCCGCUUCACCCGGCGCCAGGGAAACAGCGGGAGGAGAAGAAAACGGCGCUGAGCAAAGUGGUUAUUCGAAGGCUUCCUCCUUGUCUAACCAAGGAGCAACUGGAGGAACAGCUGCAUCCUCUACCUGCCCAUGAUUAUUUUGAGUUUUGCACUGCUGAUCCCAGCCUUUAUCCUCAUCUCUACUCAAGAGCAUACAUUAACUUUAGAAAUCCUGAGGACAUCCUUCUUUUUAGAGAUCGCUUUGAUGGCUAUGUCUUCAUUGAUAAUAAAGGUUUGGAAUAUCCUGCAGUGGUUGAGUUUGCUCCAUUCCAGAAGAUUUCAAAAAAGAAGCUGAAGAAGAAAGAUGCCAAAGCUGGGAGCAUUGAAGAUGAUCCAGAAUAUAGGAAAUUUUUAGAGAAUUAUUGUGCUGAUGAAGACAAGAUCUGUGCUAAUCCUGAGAUUCUUUUGGGAGAGAUUGAGGCCAAAACAAGGGAACUCAUUGCUAGAAGAACAACACCCCUUUUGGAAUAUAUUAAAAAUAGAAAAUUAGAAAAGCAGAGAAUACGAGAAGAGAAAAGAGAAGAACGAAGGCGGAGGGAAUUGGAGAAGAAACGUUUGCGGGAGGAAGAGAAAAGGAAGCGCAGAGAAGAGGAAAGACGUAAAAGAAAAGAAGUGGAGAAGCAAAAGAAGAUUUCUGAAAAAGAAAUAAGGAUCAAGCUUCUCAAGAAGCCUGAAAAAGGAGAUGAACUGGCCAUUGAAAAGCACAAAGAAAAAGGGGAAGAAGCUGACAUUGAGGAAAACAAAUGGGAUAAAUCACCUGGAUCUGGGAGUAUAAAAUCAAAAUCUUUGGAGAGUUCACUAAAAGAACUUAAAGAAAAGUCACAAAAUGAUAGUGACAAAGAGCAAAGAGAUUUGGAGAGAAGAUUUCGAGAAAAAGAACCUGAAAGACAAAGGAUCGUCCAGCCAUGCAGUUGUACCAGCCAGGAGCUCGCAUCCGAACACAUAUGGGACCUACAAGUAAAUCGUAUGACUGCAGUGGGAAAUCCUUUGAAGAUGCUCUUGAUAAAAAGUAUGAGGCAGAUAAUUCAGCUGGAGCUAGUUCUGAAAAGACUGAAGAAGCAGAAUAAAACAGUCUGGGGGAAAAGUCUUGUGGAAAGGAAUGAAUUUAAGAUUCAGCAUCAUCACAAAAAUCCAUUGGGCUGUUUCAGAAUUCCACAGGCAAUUGCAUCAACAAAAUAAUAAUAGCUCUGCCUCUUACUUUCUGUAAAAUAAAGGGAAGAGUGACUGGAGAUAUGUAAAAUAUCUUACAGCAAAGGAAUAUUGUUGCUUUUUUACAAAAAGCAGCUCAAGCACUCUUUGCUAAUUUAAAAGCAGUUCAAAUAUUUUAUUAGAUUUACUUUGAAAUAGAUGACCAUCUAACAAUUUUAAGGGAAUAUUUAUGUAAGACUUUAGAGAAGUUAUGUCAUCUUCUUGAGUCUAAAGAAAUUAAAUGUAAAUUUGCAUCAGUUUGAAAUCUGAGGCAUUUUACAUGUAUUUGGUGCGUGACAUGAGGGUCCACAGGACCCCUUCCUGCAAAUGGCAGGGGUGGGGGCUGCUGCAGGGUGUUGCGGACAAUUCAGUGGGACCAGCCCUGAGAUGAAGCUCUGGAGCCAGUGGUGUUUGCAGGAUGAGGCCCACAGUUUGCACAGUUGUGAGGAAUGUCCAGUGGUGUCUGUACCUCCUGGUGUUUACGUUGGUUUUCAAUUAACUGUAGUGUCAGAUAAGUGUUAGUAAAGCUCCAACUAUGUUGUUGGAGAAUUUGUCAUUUUCUGAGCCACUUUUGCCUUUUAUGUUUUAAUAGAUUCCUUGUGCUUAAAACAGAAGACAGCUAAUGCAAACAUCAGCACAUUAACAAUAAAUCUGUUUUUAAUUAAUUAGCUGGUUUUUAUCGUUCUGAUGCUGACUUUUGGACAAAAGUGUGGUUGUACAGUGAUGACUUUUUAUAUGCUAAUGUUUCAUGUAAGUGGCAGUAACAGGAUUUGGAAAAUGUAAAAUACAUGAGCAUUCUUCAGUUUUGUUUGUUAAAAAAUUAAACACACAUGAAUGUCACUUGCAAACUACCAUUUUGUAAGAUCCAGGCCAAAUUCUGCCCUCUAAGGCAGGCACAUAUACAUGCGUGUGUGUGGGUGUGGGUGUUUGUGUGUCUUCUGCUGGUUUCAAUGAUAGAUGUGUGUUUAUGAAAGGGCGAGAUAUGUUCAUUUAUCUUUCAUGGCUGAAAAUUUCUCAGUUGUCUAAAACUGAGACCUGCUUUGUUGUUGAAGUUAAAUAGUAAGAUAUUAUUUUUACAUCCUCUCUGAACAUUUUAUUAUUAAGCAUAACAUCUAAUUGUCCUAGACUGAAAAUUAUUUAUUGUAUUUUACCAGAUAUUAAGCAUUAAAUAGAAUAAAAGCAAAAAAGAUUUUGACUAUGCUUUUGAGAUGUGAUACUGUGCUAUUUUUUCAUCUAUUUCCAGAAAAAAAUAAGUAAGAUGCUAUUAUACUGCUUUGUGUGCUUCAGAAGCAGAUAAAAAUACAGUUGAGAAGAAUUUUAGUAUCAGGCUACAUAAGUCAGCUGCCAACUAAAAUUACUUCAAGAUUAAGUAAAACUGCUGCUAGAGAAUCAUCUGGGUUUAGCUCAACCUAAAGUUUAUCUCAUUUGCCAAGUUUAUCCUUACUGCAGGAGAAGGGAUUUUGUUGCGGUGUCCUGGCUGAGCACUGGGAGGGCAGCCUUUCCCCUCAGUGAAAAAUCCCGGCUUGAUCCAAGGAAACUCAUCAGGGAAAUUCUGCAGUAGAGCUGGGCAGAGCUGGGAUUUUCACCAGAUGAGGAUCUGCUCAAAAGCAUUUCCCACCUUUUUGGAUGCCCUGUGGGUGACUGGAGCAGGGGGUGUGUUUCACCUUUGAGAGGGACCAGCAGGACAAAGGAGCUGAGAUUUUGCACAUGCUCACAAGUUGAGUUUGAUAUCGUUUGGUUUUUGGGCUUCUCCAUUUGCACCCGAGUUCCUUGGUUAUGAGCACCUCUUGACAGUGUUACAGACAACUAACUAAACACAGGAAUUUUGCAGUAUUUUUCCAUUUGGGUCUUCAUAUUCAAACCUCAUCUCAGUAAAAACUGUCAGUGCUUAAACACUUGUGUCCAUCAGAUCAAGCUGGAGAUCCAGGACAAGACAGAAAUUCUUGCAGCCUUUUAACAAAUUGUUGUGUUCUUGUGAAUGCAGGCUCCUGCCCAAAGGGGAAGAGACAGAGAAUCUGCCCUUUGACUUAGA